AUGGAGUUCAACACGCUCAAGGAGGAGAGGAGCCGGCAGCAGCCCGACGCCGCUUCCAAGGCCUCGUCCAGCACAGCCUCGGCCGGCUCGCCGUCGUCGACCGCACCCGCACCAACCCUUCGCUCGCAGCCUGCUUCAACCCAUGCGCACCGGUCAGACUUUCCUCCCCAGACCGAUGCAGAUGCGCCACCCAUACCGCCCGACGCACCCGUCCCCUCCGCCGCCCAUGACGAUGCCCCCCUCGAUGCUCAACAGCCGCCGCUCCCGGAGCACAACCUGCUCCGUGCCACACAGCUGCUCCAGGGCGGCCCAUCAAACUCGCCCUUUGCUCCCAACCCCAUCCUGCGGCUCAGCUCGAUCCGCAUCGUCGGCGCAACCUCUCUCCGCCCCUCGUUCCUCGCAACCCUAUGCAGACCCUACCUCGACCCCGCCCUCAACGCCCAGACCCUAGGCAGCCUCAACAGCGCCAACACCGCCCUCUACGGCAGUAGAAUGUGGCACCCGCUUCCGUACCAGCCGACGACGCUGCCGUCGAUCAUGAACCUGACCGGGUCCAUUGUCGAGGACCUCACCAAGCUCGACAUCUUCCAAAACAUCGACGCCACCCUGGCGCCCUCGCUUGCCCCCGAUGCCACCGAAGAGGACGUCGACGUCAUCCUCUCGUGCAAGCCCAAAGGCCGCAUCUUUCUCAAGUCAUCGACCGACGUCGGCAACGGAGAGGGCUCGGCCUCGGUACAGGGCAGGAUCCGCAACGUUUUUGGCGGCGCAGAGACGCUCCAGGGCAGCGCCACUUUUGGCACAAGGACAAAGCAGGCCUUCAACCUCCAGUUUGCCAUGCCGCUGCUGGCCAACGCCGACCAUGUCGCCAGCCUCACCGCCUUCUCAUCCGAGCGGGACCUCACCGCAUUCUCGAGCGCCUUCGAGAGCAUCAAGGGCUUCAAGGCGGCUGUCUCUUCCAACGUAUCCGCCUCGCCCGCCAUCCAGCACGAAUUUGCCUAUGAGGCCUCGCUUCGCGGAUUGGGGCGGUUACUGCCUGACGCCUCGAUCAGCAUGCGCAAGCUGGCCACGCAGCCGACCGUCAAAUCCUCGCUCAGCCACACCGUCAUCCAAGACACGAGAGAUGACCCGGUCCUCCCGGGCUCCGGCGCCUACUUCAAGCUGGUCCAGGAGCUAGCCGGGUUCGGGGGCGACGCAUCGCACUACAGGGCCGAGAUGGAGUUGUCGCUCGGCCGCCGUUGGACGUGGCCCUUCAGCGGCCUGCUCGACCACCUCUCCUCGGCUGACAGCCGCAACUGCCGCGACGCCAAACCAUCUCCUUUCCUUGACGAGACGUCUCGGUCUUCGUCACCGGCUGCCGCAGAUCUGCCCUCGGCUUCAGCUCCGACGGCACCGAUGCUGCCAACAUCGACGAUGACGUUCCGAAGCGGCCUGCUGCGCACGCUCAACGGGGCACCCUCGCUCUACUCGGAUCGCUUCCAGCUCGGAGGACCGACCUGCGUGCGCAUGUUCCGCCUCAACGGGCUUGGGCCCAAGGACAAGCUCGACAGUCUUGGCGGUGACGCCUUCUGGAGCUUCGGCGUCGAUACCAACUUCAACAUCCCCAAGAGGGAAGAGUGGCCGCUGAAGAUGCAUGCCUUUGCCAACGCGGGACAAUUGGUUCAGCUCGACAUGGCCAAACCCGUGUCCGCCUCGCUCUCGCCGCUACUGCAGCCUUCAGUUUCGGCCGGUGUGGGUCUCGUCUACCUCCAGGGACCUUUGCGGGUCGAACUUAAUGCAGGUCUCCCACUCGCGGCACGGAGGAGCGACUCGAUCCGCAAAGGCCUCCAGCUUGGCGUUGGCAUCAGCUUCCUCUGA